ACAUCAAAACUCUUUCUUUUUCUUUUUUUUAAUUCAUAGACAAGCUCCACUUUCUCUCUUUCCCUUUGAAUUUUUUGCAUAACAAGUUAGACAUAUACAAUUCAUUCGAUCAAAAACAGGCCUUUUCCUUUCCUCUUUCCAAAGCUAUAAAUACGAUUUCUCUCUUUUUUUAGCAAAUAAGCUUUUUAAACACCUUAAAUAACAAUCAAUAGGAUAUGUAAUUGAGUUUUACGUUUAUAAGCUUAGUAAUAUUUGUAUAUAAAGACAACCUUUUUGUUGGAAGAGUUGUUGAUUGUACAAAAGAAUAAAUGGAAAUGGAGUUUUACGCAUACCCAUCGCGUGCUUUGCCUGUUUCAUCGUCUAUUUGUUCGUUUUGCAUACGGGAUUUGGUAGAUAGGGCCAAAGAUUUCUUUAGCGUUGCGGUAUCUGCAAUCAUCGGCAGUCUCUUCUCUGCAAUCUUCACCUUCUUCUUUGCUUUAGUGGGAACCUUAUUAGGAGCAUUGACUGGAGCUUUGAUAGGCCAAGAGACAGAGAGUGGAUUUGUUAGAGGUGCUGCGGUAGGUGCCAUCUCUGGCGCUGUUUUCUCUCUUGAAGUCUUUGAGUCAUCUCUGUUACUAUGGCAGUCGGAUGAAUCUGGAAUUAGAUGUCUUCUUUACUUGGUAAGCAAUAUAGACUCUUUUCUCACUGAUAAUGGUGAGAGUUGGUUUUGUGUUUUCGUAACAUCAAUGUCUGGGAUAAUAUUAGAUCAUGUCCUGAUCCAAUAAGCUUUGUUCUACGUGCCAUUCCCCACAAACCAACAACAACAAAAACCUACUAUAUAUGCCUAAGUCCUAAAUAAGUUGAGGUCCGCUUUAUGAAUCAUUUAUAUCCAUCCGCUUCAAUUGAAACCUUUCAUUCCAAUUUAAUAAAUUUGUCUUCUAAGACAAAUGGAAGGUUCACUUGCACUAGAAAUUCUCUACAUCUCACAUCUAUCCUUAUAAUGACAUACAAAUAUCUAAACAAUCCAAAGGAAUUGUUGGCGACAGACGACCUAAUGUUAAGUGUACCAAACCCAGCUAGAAGUUACAUCCCAAUGUACUUUUGCUUCCAUUCUGUUAUGUUAUUCACUUAGUCUCUAUGGAUUUCUUGAGACAAUUCUCCUUUUUACGGUUUUAGGUUCCAAAAUAUUUCAAUC